AGAGCAAGCGCAGCCAACUUUACACUAAACAUCAAUCGGCUUUUUUUACAGACGUACACGGGGACAAAUUUGAUUCUUUUUCGUAAUAUUUGAAGGUAAAUUAGUUAAAAAAAUCUUUAAUUACCAAGGAAAACGAGAGUUACGGUACGCCACGACUAUGGAUCUGAGCUUGGACGAAAUAAUUAAAACCAAAAAGAUUGCUCGACCAUCAGCAGUUAAAAAAUUCAACAAUUCGGAAAACCCACGUAAAGGAUUAACAUUGCGAAAAACAUUAAAUAAGCCUAUAUUUAAACAGAGCAUUGUGACUGAUGCCCGUAACAAAAUAAUACAAAAAAAUCGUGAAAAGAUACGCGAUGCCCGGGAUAAAUUAUCAGAAUUGACGCGAGCCAGUGGUGAUGUACGACAAAGACUGUUAGCUAAGAAGCUAUCUCUUGGUGGUGGACUUAAAACUCGCGGCGCAGCAAAAAAAUUGUAUACAACUGCGUAUCGCAAUGGUGUACUGAAACCUAGGCCAGGUUUGAAGAGCACACAACCUUUUAUACGCCAACCUGCACAUGUAUCAGCUCGGUUGCCAGAUUUAAUAAAUGUGCCUCGUGGUUACGUAGACUAUGAUGAUAUGGAGCGUUUGGAGGAAGAAGAAAUAGCUGCUGCAACUCGUCUUAGUCGUACUGUCACCAAUGAUUUUGCAUCAUAUGGCCAACAUGAGUUAUCUCCACCACCGCCAACGAGACGCUUGAAUUCAUGGAUAGCUCCAUCUGAUGUUUUCGAUCCAUUUGAUGUUUACAAACCGCGUGAACGUCAUAUGUCACCGCAGUUGCCGCCACCGCCUCCUAAAGGUAUUUUACGGCCCAGUACGCGACAACUAAGUCCAGAUAUUUACCAACGCCGCUAUGUGCCAGAGCCGUCUUCACAUCUUUCUUAUGAGAUGCGUUCACGUUUAGAACGUGCACCUGAUCCACACGCCUCUAUGGGAAUCUUCUCUAAUCCGCUUAAAUCAUCAUCCUCAUCAGGUUACCGUAUUGUAGUUAGUAAUUUGCACAGCAGUGUUAGUCAGUCAGAUAUUCAAGAACUUUUUGAGGAUAUUGGUCCUUUGUAUGAUUCGCGUUUAGUGCGUCCCGGUGUUGCUGAAGUUAUCUACAAAUCGCUGACAGAUGCAGAAAAGGCCGUGGAUACUUAUCAUAAUCGGCAAUUAGAUGGGCAACCAAUGAAAUGCCUAUUGGUAAACCCCCGCGCUUCGAACAAGCCCACCGCACCUGCAAUACCCUCAACCUCGAGUUCACGCAGCUCUUCAGGAAAAACACCUUUGGAGAUCGAUAUAGACGCUUUGCACAAAGUACUCUUCCGACGCCAUUAGCAUUAUGCUUUAUUAAUAAAAACUUUGAAAAUAAGUAAGAUACAAUGGGCAGAUAAGAAUAUGGUUCAAAGUAGCGGCAGUAAUAUAAUUGCAAGCAAUGCAAAUUAAAGAGGCGUUUAGUUAGUGUCUGGGUUUCCCAGAAGACAGACGAACCUAAGUGUCAAUAAAUGUAAUUGUUACAUAUGUAUGUACGUGCAUAUACAAACAUCUAAAAAAUAAGAAAAUUAUUUGAGUAUCGUAAUUAGUAUUUUUGCUUGUUCUGCUGCUGAGAAUAAACUUUUCUGAUGUAUCAUUAUAAAUAAA